GUGGGAGAGGAAAGGAGCAAAUGUGCGCGGCGGCGGAGAGGGAAGGAGGACAGCGAGUGCGCAAAUAGGCAUCCAGGCACAUCCUCAUCAUCAGCAACAGCAGCAGCAGCAGAGGCAGUGGCGGAGCAUCUUCCUGAUCCUCAUCUGUGGUGUCUUCAGCUGCCAGUCCUCUGUGCGUCCCUGAUUGAGAUUUCACUGCCUGGCUGAAGUGUCCACAAGCCUCCGCCAACCAUUACCUCCCACCACACACUUUCUCUGGAGCUCGGUUAUUCUUAGCUCAGCUGCGAGAGACUGUCCUUCCGGUCCUCCUCUUGUUUAUCCCAGUUUCUUGAAUAUUUAAUGGAAAAUGGCGAUCUGCGUGCAGUCGUACGGUAUUUUCUGCCUCUUCACAAUCCAAACUGUACUUAUCUUAUACGUCUCCACGCCGACAGCCGGGACCCACCUCUUCCCCCAGCACUACACAAUGAUUCACUGGGCUGGGCGUAUCGAGAAGGAGCUGGAGAAGGUUCUGCAGCACGUCACAGGAACUCAGCAAAUGAGAUCGAUUUAUAAUGAGAAGAAGAGCCAGUUUGAAAUCAAGAGGAACAACCCCAAGGACUUGGUGGAGAGAGUGGCACGAGACAUCUCCAAGCUGCUCAACAGUAAGAGGAAAGCCCUGGAGAAACUGGCCAAGGAGGCGGAGCAGCUUCAGAGGGAACAUGUAUGGCAAGAUGGUGUGACGGAGAAUGCCAUUUCAUACUACGAUUCCAAAGCGGAUUCAGACUAUAUGGAGGAUGGAGAAGAGGAGAACCCGCUGGAGAGCUCAACCUCUUUGGAGCUGGAGUUUGUAGAUGAUCCCGAUUUUAAGAACAAGGUCAACUACUCUUCAAGUGCGGUCCAGAUUCCCACUGACAUAUACAAGGGCUCCCCGGUCAUCCUAAAUGAGUUAAACUGGACCCAGGCGCUGGAGAGGGUCUUCAUUGAAAACCGUCGGGAUGACCGCUCUCUACGAUGGCAGGUGUUUGGCAGUGCCACAGGAGUCACGCGGUAUUACCCAGCCACUCCAUGGAGAGCACCCAACAAGAUUGACCUGUACGACGUCCGCAGAAGACCUUGGUAUAUCCAAGGUGCGUCGUCUCCAAAGGACAUGGUCAUCAUUGUGGAUGUGAGUGGAAGUGUCAGCGGACUCACUUUGAAGCUAAUGAAAACAUCAGUGAUCGAGAUGUUGGACACUUUAUCAGAUGACGACUAUGUGAAUGUGGCCAGGUUCAACGAAAAGGCUGAUGCUGUUGUUCCAUGCUUCAAGACUUUGGUCCAAGCCAAUGUUCGUAACAAGAAGAUUUUCAAGGAGGCUGUCAUGCAUAUGCAAGCCAAAGGAACCACAGAUUACAAGUCUGGCUUUACGUUCGCCUUCGAGCAGCUUCUCAAUGAGACCAGCGCCCCGAGGGCCAACUGCAAUAAGAUGAUAAUGAUGUUUACAGAUGGUGGGGAGGAUCGUGCACAGGAAAUAUUUGAGAGGUACAACUGGCCCAACAAAACGGUUCGUGUGUUCACCUUUUCUGUUGGCCAGCAUAAUUAUGACGUCACACCCUUGCAGUGGAUAGCUUGUGCCAACAAAGGUUACUACUUUGAAAUCCCAUCAAUUGGAGCAAUCAGAAUAAACACCCAGGAGUAUCUCGAUGUCUUGGGACGACCCAUGGUGUUGGCCGGGCCCAAAGCCAAGCAGGUCCAAUGGACUAACGUCUAUCAGGACGCGCUGGGUUUGGGCCUUGUCAUCACUGGGACGAUGCCAGUCUUCAACCUCACUGCAGACACUGAGAGCUCUCAGAAUCAACUUAUUCUUGGAGUCAUGGGGGUGGAUAUUGCAAUCAGUGAAAUCAAAAAGAAGACGCCAACAUACAGACUUGGAGCUAAUGGUUACACCUUUGCCAUCGACCCAAAUGGUUACGUGCUGUUGCAUCCAAACCUGCGACCCAAGAUCAUUAACUUCAGGGAGCCUGUCACUUUGGACUUUCUGGAUGCAGAAUUGGAGGACAGCAACAAAGAAGAGAUCCGCCGGCAGAUGAUUGAUGGCAAAUCAGGGCAAAGGAAAAUCAAGACGCUCAUUAAGUCAGUUGAUGAGAGGUACAUUGACGAGUCUAUGCGGACGUACACGUGGACCACUGUGGACGGCACCGAUUACAGUCUAGGGUUGGUACUGCCCACGUAUAGUGAGAACCACAUCAAGGCCAACCUGAGCGACCAGAUCCUUCAGGUGCAGUAUAAUCUUCCCCUUUCUGUUGCAGAUUUUGAAUCACUGCUGCCAAACAGUUUUGAGUCUGAAGGACAUGUAUUCAUUGCUCCCAGGGAAUACUGCAAUGAACUGGAGCUUUCCUACAACAACACUGAGUUUUUGCUGAACUUCAUUGCUCUCAUGGAGAAGGUGACACCAGAUUCGAAACAAUGUGACAAUCUGCUCCUUCAUAACCUGAUUCUGGAUACGGGCAUCAUACGGCAGCUGGUGGAGAAAGUGUGGAAGAAUAAGGACCUGAAUACAUAUGGCUUUUUGGCUGUGUUUGCUGCAACAGACGGAGGUAUAACAAGAGUGUUUCCAAACAAGGCUGCAGAAACCUGGGAGGAAGACCCUGAGCCGUUUAAUGCCAGCUAUUACCGCCGCAGUCUCGACAACAAGGGCUACAUCUUUAGAGCGCCUUAUCGAACAGCCAGAGACGAGCUGCUGAACCCGGAGAAUGACACCAUAGGGAUCUUGGUCAGCACAGCCGUGGAGAUCACAAUAGGAGGGAAGACUAUCAAACCCGCAGUUGUUGGGGUGAAGUUAGACCUUGAAGCUUGGGUGGAUAAGUUUAAAAUUCUCGCCAGCAACCACACAGACAACCGCCAAGGCUCAAAUACGUGUGGGCCAAACCGGGGCUGUGAAAUGGACUGUGAAGCCAACAGUGAUGAUCUGCUGUGUUAUUUAAUAGAUGACGGUGGAUUCCUAAUCAUGUCCAAUCAGAAGGAGGACUGGAACAAGGUGGGCAUGUUUUUCAGUGAUGUAGACCCCUAUUUGAUGUACGCGCUCUACAACAACUCCUUCUACAACCGAAAGCAGUCGUUUGACUACCAGUCUGUUUGUGAACGGAUGCCCAACAGUGAAGCUGGAGCCGCUCCCAGAGGGGUUUUUGUGCCCACAAUUGCAGAUUUUGUGAACCUGGCAUGGUGGACGUCUGCAGCUGCAUGGUCCUUGUUUCAGCAGUUUAUAUAUGGAUUGGCUUAUCACAGUUGGUUUGUCAGAGACGAGGUGGAUGCAGAGGCGAUCGAUUCCAAAGAGAGAAGUUGUGUAAUGAUCCAGACUCAGUACUACUUAAGUAAUCUGAGCAGCUCCUACAACAUACUACAAGACUGUGGCAACUGUUCCAGGCUGAUUCACGCCAAGAGGAUAAACAACACCAACUUGCUGUUUGUGGUGGCAGAGAAGAUGCCAUGCAACACCUGCGAGAUAGAAAAGCUGUCCCAGGAGGAGGAGGAGUACAAGGAGGAUAAUCCAUGUGAAGAAAUGGCUGUGGCGCGUUAUCGAAAAGGACCUUCCACCUGCUUUGACAAUAAUAUCACUGAGAACACAUCGGACUGUGGGCGGGGCCACUCCUUCCGUCCAUCCCUCUCCACUUUGCUGCUCCUUCAGCUGCUCCUGCUCUACCCCGUCAUCAGCACCCAUAUCCACUCUCUACUACAUUAAUUCCAUUUUCUGCCACGUAUCCUCCUUUUAGCCCUCCCAAAGCUUAUUUCCCGCCCUGAACUCCCACCACCCACCUCUGCGCCCCUUUAACCUCAUCCCGAUAUAGUCAUAGGUAAAAAUGGGACUUCCCAUCACGGCAAGUUGGAAGCCCUGAGCGCCGCGCUACCCAGCUCGCUUCAGUUCAUGUUGCUUAGUGACAACUGCUGGACAUUUGUGUCCUCAGCCAGUUAAACUUUCAUCUGCAGGAUGAGCGGGUGGAAGCGAACCACCCGGAUCAUCAUGAGGCAAGAUCAGAAAAGAGAAAAUAAACCCCCCACCCCUGCCGCCCAUGAACACUCAGCCACCCAUGAAGAGGAGGGAGAGGAAAAAGGACAAGCUGACAUCUGGAGUGGAGAGUUCACCUCAGUCUGUCCGACGGACGCCACGACUUCUCCUUCUUCUCUGUGCAUCAUCUCAGAGUCUCCCCGCUCUCUUCUCCUCUGAAAAAAACAACUGUCAAAUAUACAAAAUGUCAAGUAUAAACUGCUGAAGUGAUGAAGUACUCCGAACAUAUAUUUAGGUUUUAAUUUGACAUGGAAGUCGUUAGGUGUUAACUUAAAAAAGAUAUGAAUUAAUUUAUGCACUAUAUCUACUUGCCAAAAUGAGAUAGACUUUCAUGUGGUCUUAUUUUUAUAGCCAAAACACGCAGAGGAAGUGGCUUCUGAUUUAGAUUUAGGAUAAACCUCGAGAGGAAGAGAAGACACCCAGAAACUGAGUGCUGAUUCAUUUAGUGCAGCUCCUGCGUUCCCAACUUAAUUACAGAUUAAUGCCUUUUCAAAGACGUCCAGUGGGGAUUAUUGUAAUUACAUGAUGAUAAUCGCAUUUCUUAAAAGUAUUUUUCCUUAUAUUUACUACUUAAAGCUCGUACUGUCUGGCUCGCACAGUCCUGAGGUUUGUGGGAUUGCUGUAGAAACAUGAAUCAGGGUUCAGUUACUGGAGACUUUCUGGUCACAAACAUUGUCGAUGUCGAUGUGUAGUAUUCUCCUUUGCGAUCAACAGACCAUUCUGACCUCUGGUUUGAACUAAUGUAAGAGAAAAAAAAAAUAUCCCUGUGCUCUCUGAUGUGAAAGCUCACCUCUGCCAAUCCUCAUGAGGCUUCUCCAGUAACCUCUACUAUCAUUCCUAAUCACUAUUUGUAUUUGUGCUUUACUUCUGUUCACACAGCGUGCGCACACACACACACACACACACACACUCUGCCUCAUGACCAUCUCAUAGUAGUUCCAGGUGGGGUUUGUUCAAAUUUUGUUGUUUUUCUUUUGGCUUAUUUUUACCUUUGACUGAUGCUGUUCAAACUUCAAACCAUUCGCUGCUGGGGUUUAGGGGCUUAUCAGCAUUUCCAACUAAAGUGCAGAAGAGGCCACUAAAUAUGGUGAUCACAUAGUAGUGUGGUUGUAAUCUGUCACAGUCUGUCAUUUGAUCUUUAUGUGUAAAGUCAUUUAGACUCCCAUGUUUAGAAGCCGCUCUGUUUCAUAGUGCCUUGAUGCACUUUGUUUUGGCGUUGUAAGAGUAGAGUUACUGUAUAGUACCUUUAUAAAGCAGCCAUCUGUGAGGCUUUGGAUCCAAUGAAGCUGUUGGAUAUAGACAUAGCUUUACACUGAGCCACUGCGCUGACUGGCUCAAGCUUAAUGUAUCUGCCCUCUUGGCUGUGGCUGCUGCGCCCCUCCAGAGCCACCUGACUGCCACCGUAUGGAGUUACUAUACCGUUCCUUUACAAAGCCAUGUAUAGAGCUAUGAUAUCAGUAUACAGCAACUGGCCGUAGAGCGUUUUUAGGGCCACCUGACUGCUAUAGUUCUGCCUGAUUCGUAUGCGUGUUAGUGUGUGGAUGUAUGUCGGUUUGCGUUACAAACCCCCUCAAAGGGAAUGUCUUUUAAAUGAGUUGUGGAGUGUUUGAGGGACGGCAGUUGUGUUAGCUGUCUUUCCUGUUCCUACGUUGCAGCAGACAAAAAAAAGUAUUAUUGUGAAGGGAAAAAAAUGGAUUUUACUGAAAAGCGAGAAUCUGUGUUUAAGCAUCAGUCUACUUAAAGAUGGGUCAAAGGGAGCGACGUGGCCCCUUUGAUUUAGAGGUGAAAGAAUGUGUAGAUCAUCAGUGUUUUCUGUUAACAAAGCCUCUCUAAAUGCCUUAGUGUUACACAGUACGGAGCUCUCAUACGUUGCCCCCCCACUCAUAUGCACACAAAUAGACCCUCAACCUUCAAUCUUCAAUCCCUGGGUUUUUCUCUGUGUUCUGCAGUAACUCUUGUGAGCUCUGACUUUGUAUUUUUUUUUCGUCUUGAAGCGAAUCACUACUGACUGAUGCCUGAUUUGAUUAAUGCUUGAAAGCUGUAGGAGUUAUAAAUCUCAAAAAGUCGAUGUGCGACCGUUCAAUGUUCACCCACCAAAUCGAACUUAACUGUGUUGCUCAGGUGGGGAGAUUCACUUUUCACCUGACGAUUUGAUCUUUAACUACACACUCUGUACAGUUGUUGGUACUAUUUGAUGUGGCAAACACAUGGCCAGCACGAUAACUGCAGCACAGCUCAGAAAACAUUAAAAAAAAAAAAAAAAAAAAAAUUGAGGAUUUCAAAUUUGGCUUCGAUCAUCUGGUGCUGGGUGCAGUUUUUCCUGUUCUGGUGUUGGUUUGUCUCUGUCCUGUGCCAUGAAUCCUGUCUGUAUUUCCCUAUUUCCACUGUCUGUAAAUGAACGCUACACGUGCCUGUGAAAAUGUACCCCCUGCAACUUCCUCUCUUUUCCUGGCUCUGUACGCAUACAGUCUCACCAAGUAUGUAGGUCUGCAGUACGCACACACACCUGCACUGAGACAUUAUGCACAACGCACACAUUUAAGCAAAUAUGUAAUGACACUUAUUCAUGCCCAGCUGGGAGAUGUCAAGCACCAGGCCAAGGACGUCACUUCCCGGGUGUUUUUCUUUUUUUUUUGUUCGCGAGUGGGCGGGAUGUCAGAGGCAAGCUCAGGGAGUGGGUCUCCACAGAGCAGCACGGGCCUGUCAAACAGAGGGUCAGAGAGAAUCCUGUAGUGACGUCUGUGUGUGCAUCCCCGAGGAAAAAACAAAAAAACACACUUCUAAAGGGACACACGUCUGAUUUCUGUGGUUUGACAAAUUUACUUUUGCCAAAAUGAAAAAAUAAUUUAAAAAAACAAAAAAACAAAAACAGAAAAUUGGACCAGCUUGGGGACCAGAGGGAGGGGUCAGCUUUAAGAGACAAUUCCUUGGAUAAACGGAGGAGGGUUUUCUGGAAGCCCCCUCCCGACCCUCGCUGCAUCUGUGUUGGUGCGUCUCUGUGGGAAAGAGACGAGUGUAUGUGAUUCUGUAGUCUGUAGUCUGGUGCUAUGUGACCAUGUUUGACAAGUGUGUGAAAAAAAUAACAGCAACAUUUAGAAAAAAAAAAAAGUAAAAUCAGUCGAAUUUUAAGUGAAGUAAAAAAAAAAAA